AUGGGGGAUCUCGACUUCGAUGAGGUGGAGAAGCUUCUGGAUAACCGGGAAUCAGGCCGCGAUAAAGACGAAGGCGCGUGCCGAGAGAACGACGACGCCUCUGGGAACAACGAGCGAGGCGAUAGGUCUGCGGCUUCUUCGAAGGUUGCGGCAGGCGCGCCGCCUCGCCGUGGUGGCCCUCGCGGAGGCGAUCGUAGUUCACGGUCUCGAUCCCCAGGUGCAGAGAGAAGCAAGGGCAAGAAUGGACAGGAGGACGGGCGGAUCUCAAGAGGGGGUGCCGGCUCGAAGAAGGGACCCGAUAGUAUGAUCAAGCGAGAGAAGGAAGGGGCAUACCACAGGGAGCGUCCAAGCGGGCCCGGCUACGGCAGAAGAGAUGAGUACGACGACCGAUGGAGGGGUAGACGCGGCGAUGAUCGCUACAGGGGUAGUGGACCGUCGCGACCCAUGCGCAGCAGAAGCAGAGAGAGGAGACGAUCGCGCAGCCCGUACGGGGGUCGCUCGGGAGGGGGUCGCGGCCGCAGCCCAAAUUCUCGUCGCGAUGAAGCCAUGUAUAUGAGGAUGCGGCGCGAACGGGAAGAAAUGAGGCGUGAACGGGAGGAGAUGCAGAAGAAACAGCGGGAGGACGAACAGAAGAAGAAAGAGGUUGAAGAGGCCCGCCGCGAUGACCUUACUGUGCUUGUACUGAAUCUGUGCUUGAAAGCAGAGGAAAAACACAUCUACGAAUUCUUCUCGACAAACGCAGGGAAGAUUCGGGACAUCCAGCUCAUCCGGGAUCAGCGCUCGGGUACAUCCAAAGGUGUUGCGUACGUCGAAUUCUACACCCAAGAAAGCGUGAUCAAAGCGAUGGCUUUGAACGGGAUUGCGUUCAAGGGUCAACCUCUUCGCGUACAGGCCUCAAUGGCAGAAAAAAAUCGUGCGGCUCGUGCCGCCAAGCAGCAGCAGGCAGGAGGAGCAGCUGAGUCGGCCGUCGUGAGCAUCCCGAUGCGAGUUUAUGUAGGCGGGCUCGUCGAUAACCUUGCGAAGCUAUCGGAAGAUGAACUGCGGAUGUUGUUCAGUCCCUUUGGGCGUAUCACCGAAAUCGAAGUACCUAAGGACGCCAAUACGGGAGGGCUACGUGGUUAUGCGUUUGUGACGUACGCGUCUGCUGCUGAUGCCCACGAAGCAAUGCAGCACAUGAACAACUUCGAAUUGCUCGGGCAGCAACUCAGAGUAGGCUAUGCGGCGGAUGGCGUCAGAGGUAGCGCAACCGAAGGAAUGCUCCAGCAGGCGGCAGCGGCAGCUGCACUCCAACAGCAACAGCAGUUGGUGCCGCCUCCUCAAGUCUCCCACGAAGCUGUCCUUGCGCAGCAGCUGGCAGCCCAAGCUGCUGCUGCGAAACAAGGUGUACAGCCUGUUGGGCUUCCUGAGGAGAAGAAAGAGACCAACGACAGAGACGAUGAUGAUGGUGUUUUGGACGACGAUGAUGGAGACAAGGGUCUCAUUCAUGGGAGGGAUCACAAGCAGGCGCUGAUGCAGAAGCUGCUCAACCGUGAUGCUGCCGCUUCUUCAAGCUCCGGGUCAGCUGCAACUCAAGCAGGGUUUCUCAGGGCGAGCAACGGGGCAUUGUUUGCCGACAGUACGACGGGCAGCUGCAAUGUCGUUCUGAACAAUAUGUUUUUCCCCAAAGAUGUCAACUUGAAAGACGACCCGCAUUUCUUCCUGGAUCUCGGAGAUGAUGUGCGCGAUGAGUGUGAGAAAUUCGGCUCCGUAGAGAAAGUGUGGAUUGACGAGCGGAAUGUCGACGGCAAAGUCUGGAUUAGGUUUGCGAAGCCGGACCAGGCUCGGGCUGCCUUCGGUGCUCUGAACGGAAGAUAUUUCGCAGGGAAGCCAAUCAGUGCGGAAUUCAUCAGUGAUUCGGUGUGGUCAAGUACCUGCUCGUAG